GUGGCUAAGCUCGGUGGGCGGGGCGGGUAGAGGACGCAGGUGGCGAGGUGCGUGCUCGCCGGGAGCUGCCAUGGAGGCGCUGGCGGGUGCCCCUGUGGCUAUCGCCGUGGCCGUGGUAGCUGCAUCCGCCCUGCUGCUGCUGCUGCUCAGAAACACGCGGCGGAGGGACGGCGGCCUCGUCACCCUGCAGGACCCGCUCGCUAAAUACCCUCUGCGGCUGGUGGAGAAGGAGGAAAUUAGUCAUGAUACUAAGAAAUUCCGAUUUGGGCUGCCUUCUCCAGAUCAUAAAUUAGGAUUACCUGUAGGCCAACAUGUUUACCUUUCUGCAAGAAUUGAUGGGAAUCUGGUGAUUCGAGCCUAUACCCCAGUUUCCAGUGAUGAGACAAAAGGUUAUGUUGAUUUAAUUAUAAAGGUCUACCACAAAAAUGUGCAUCCCAAGUUUCCAGAAGGUGGAAAGAUGUCCCAGUACCUCAAUGACAUGAAGAUUGGAGAUAUUAUUGAUUUCAGAGGGCCAAAUGGGCUCCUUGUCUAUAAGGGGGCAGGUACCUUUCUUAUCAAGCCUCAUAAGAAGUCUGAAGCAGAGAAGAAGUUCGCAAAACAUCUUGGGAUGAUAGCUGGAGGAACAGGAAUAACUCCGAUGUUGCAGCUGAUUCGUCGGAUCACAAGUGAUCCCAAGGACUCCACUAAAUGUUAUCUUCUUUUUGCUAAUCAGGCGAAGAAAGAUAUAUUACUGAGAGCUGAGCUAGAAGACAUUGCUAAGAGGCAUCCUGAUCAGUUCACUUUUUGGUAUACACUGGACAGACCUCCACAAGAUUGGAAGUACAGUUCUGGUUUCAUCACUGCAGAGAUGAUUCAAAGCCACCUCCCUCCCCCUGGCAAGGAGACACUCAUUCUCCUAUGUGGGCCACCACCCAUGAUUCAGUUUGCCUGUCAGCCCAACCUGGACAAACUUGGCUAUCCCAAGAGCAGUACAUUUUCUUAUUAACGCUGAUGUCAUCUGAUACUUUUUCCUAAGUACUGUGUGUUUUCCUACAGGCACAACUGGUAUAUAACUGCAGUGGUUUUUUUUUUGUGUGUGUUUCUUAACAACUUAAAAGAAUUCCUGUGGUUUAUAACUUCACAAUUACCUUCGCAUAUUUUAAGAAAUUGAGAGAUCAUCUUGAAUUGUGUGGAAGUAACUUAGUUUAACCUCUUAAGUUAGUAUGAAAUGUUAGUACUGAGGAACAAAACAAGAGUAAUUGGAGAGGUAGGACAGAGAUAAAACCACUUGUUUGUUGACAUGGGUAUGGAAUUUGGGAGAGGUCUGUGAAGCAGGACUGGCAUGGUUUGACUGUGCUCUGCAGGUAGUUAAUUUAGGAAAUCCUGGGGAGGACAGUACAAAGAACAGUCUGUUUUCCUCCCCUUUGUUUUUUUUUCAUGCUGCUUUAAACCCUUUCCCAGGACUAACAAACUGAAAUACCAGAGACUAUGUUAUUGAAGAAGUGAAUAGACUUUGGGCAACACGCAAAUUGCCUAUUAUUGUAACAGAAAUUCUCACUAGUGUGAAAUUUAUUUGGGAAGAUUAAAAUAACUUCAUGCUGUCUUCUAACAGCCUUAGCUAAAUCACUGUCAAAUGCAUGGAGAAGUUCUGGGCUACAUAUGCAGACAUGACUACUGUUGUGGUUCCAUUUGAAUGUCAUUGCCUACAUGCACUGCUUGCUCUUCUGGCAGCUUCAGAAAUCUCCUUUGCUUACAAGAAAACAUUGUUUCUUACUUUCUAUUGUAAGCUAUGCUGAGGUGAUCUUAUACUUAGAUAAUCAUCUUAGUGUUUUUACCACAUACACAGCGUUUAAUUCUUAGCCUUCAGCACCUGAAGUACUGUACUGCAUGUUCGUCUCCAGGAAUUAGUUUAUCCUGCAGUUGUUUCAAGGUCUGCCAGAUCUCUGAGUCAGAAGACUUGUGAUGUCAGGGGCUAAUGAAUAUGUUUACUAAAUAUUUUUACUCAUAUAAAACAAAAGGAAUCUACUAGGUAAAGGUUUUUUUGUACUUCAUCGGUUAUGUCUGUAGCAGUGAUGAAAAGACAGACACAGGGUUUCAUACUGUUGAUUCUGUCCCAGGUAAGAGAUCAACAACAUGUGUGUUUCUGUUAGAAUCAUGCCACAGUCAGAAAGAGAUGGAGGUACACUCAGCAUUUAUUCAUAACAGUCAAAAAAUAUAAGCAUUUAUGCCAGUGUUAUGCUAGUUAGGAUUUCUUGCUUAGAUACAUGUUUUAAAAAUACCAAUAACUUUAUAGAGUGACUAUUUACAGCCAAGUUAGCAGAACACCACACUGAGUUAUAAAUAUAUCAUCAAA